AUGAAAGUCGCCGUGGUGAUCGUGGUAUGUGCUGUAGCUCUCAGCAGUGCGUACCCUUCUCCCAAAGACUUGGAGGACCGUGGCGGGAUUGAUGUGAACGUGCACCGCGAAAAGGGCGUGGGCACGGUGCUGGACGCCCAAGGCCAAGGCAACAUCUUCAGGAGCGACGACGGCAAGACAAGGGUAGACGUGCAAGGCCAGUACGAGCGAGUCAUCAGAGGGCCCGCCCGCCACAGCAAGCCCAACUUCUCGGGGGGCAUCACCUUCUCGCACAGGUUCUGA